AUGUUUAAGGAACUUGCUCUCGGCUUGUUGGCCGCUCAAAGCGUCGCCGCAAUGCGGUUUGCUAUGUACAUCGAUGAGUACCAUACAACCGAUCUCCCCGGUACCAACCAGACCAUGAACAUCGAUCACGCCAUUAUGGGCUUCGCGCCUACAAAACUGUUUAACUCGGACUCGGCGCCAUCUUUCACCCCUUUUGAGUCCGUGGACUCGAUGCGCAAGCGCUUUAGUCCCAACACCAAAGUCAUGAUUGCUAUUGGUGGAUGGGGUGAUACCUCGGGCUUCUCGGACGGAGCGAAGGAUGACACAACCCGCAAGCGUUUUGCAAAGAACGUUGCUUCUAUGCUCGAUGCUAACGGAUUUGACGGCGUUGAUAUCGACUGGGAGUACCCCGGCGGCAAUGGCCAGGACUAUAAGCAAGUUCCCAACUCGGAUAAGGUCUCCGAACUCGAGACUUACCCCAAGUUCCUGGCGGCGCUCCGUGAGGCUAUCGGCAACAAGACCCUCUCCAUUGCUGUACCUGGCCGUCGACAGGACAUGAUGGCAUUCACCAAAGAGCAGGGCCCUGCGAUUUUCGAGUCCGUCGAUAUGGUCAACGUUAUGAGCUACGAUUUGAUGAAUCGCCGCGAUAAUGUCACUGCCCACCACAGCAGCGUGGAGGGAUCUCUGGACACCGUCAAUGCAUACCUGGACAUCGGUCUGGACCCCGAGAAGAUCAACCUUGGCUUCGCCUACUACGCCAAAUGGUUCACAACUGAUCCCAACUCCGACUGCGACACUCACCCGCUGGGCUGCCACGUCGUCAAGCUAGAGAACGAUGACGGAAGUGACAAUGGCAAAUCCGGUGCUCUAACCUUUGAGAAGAGCGUCCUCUCGGCUCCACCAAAAGACCUCAAGACCUCAUAUAACGGCAAGUGCGGUGCUAGUGAUGGAAAAUGCCCUGAUGGACAGUGCUGCAGCGCAUAUGGCAACUGCGGCUCUGGCGAUGACUUUUGCCAGGCAGGCUGUCUCUCGGACUACGGCACCUGCAAGGGUGUCUCGAUCAUCGAAUCCUGGCGGCGCGCCUCGAAGGACGGCAAGACUGACGACGAGGCUGGCGGCCAGUACUACUGGGAUAAGGACACCAACCUCUUCUGGACCUGGGACACUCCUGAUCUGAUCACCCGCAAGUUCAAUGAUAUCGUUACUAGCAAGAAACUCGGGGGUGUGAUGGCCUGGAGCCUGGGUGAGGAUACCUACGAAUUUGCUCACCUGAACGCGAUGCAAGAGGGCAUCAGUCAGUCUACCCAGCAGGAUGCGGAUGAGUGA